AUGCUCCUUACUUCGGGGCAGGUUUCCAUCGCCAUCUCCUCCGGCGUUGUGUUCCUCUGCACUGCAGCUUUGUUUCUGAGCGGCUAUGCCCUGCAGCAACGCACCCUACGUGAUCUUCGUGCAGCCAUUCAGACGCCAAAGCCUUCGCCGAAGAUCUUUCUCCCAGAUCGUUUCAAACAGUCAACGACGGAGCUCCCGGACGGAACCAUUGUCACUCUUGACGAAGACGCCGACGACGGUGACACGAGGAGGAAGGGGGAAGCGAUUAUAGAAAUCAAACCCACCGUGCUGCAGGAUGAGGGCUCUCGCCAGCAAUACGUGUCUGGCGAGAAGCCGACCAAAACGGUGAAAGGGAAAGGCAGGGCCAAGGAAAAGGGGGGCAAGGGUUCCGCCAAGGAAGAUGGUCCUGACGACAACGACGGGGAGUUGCAGAAGCCGAUGAGCAGAGCAGAACGGCGGCGGCGCAUCAAGGAGGAAAUCAUGCAAAACUCACAAGGGGAGGGUCCACGAGGUUACUAUCGACGGCGACGGCAGUUGCCCGUUUCCCGUGUCGACGACGACGUCUUUGUCGAGCGUGGUGCGAGGGAGAGUCUGCCGGACUCCAAGGCCGAGCGCCACGAGGAGGUACUGGAGUUCGACGGGGAGCUACUAUGCGCCGAGCUGCUAAUGCUCUCAGGACGCUCAACCGGGGGCUCGUCCCUCUGCGGAUAG